GGCGUCUUCGGUAGUUAUCGGCGGACCGCGAUUCGAUCCACGUCGCCUCGAGCCGCAACCGGUGGCGAGAUGUAAACGUGACCGACGACACCAUCGUUUCCAACGACACCGUCGCAACGGCGUAGCCCUUGAAACGUGGCGGAGAUCACAAGUAAAAGUAUUCCCCCCGCAGUGAAACCUCGUCAAACCUUGGAUUUUUUUUAUCACCCGUCUCGCGAGAUACAUCGCGCGAAUAAGUGUAGUGUGUGUUCGACGACCGAUCCUUCGCCGUUUUUUCUUUUCUUUUUAUUAUUCGUUUUACCGUGUUUCCCCCUCCCCCCGUGUUUUGUUGGUGACACAUCCAGGACACGAUUCUUUACGACUCUUACGAGAAUUUAUUCGGACGCAACGUUCCCAUCGACGAGGAGUUAGAAAUCGUAGAAUGGUGUGUUGUUAUGGAUCCUCGUGCGCCGCACUCGCCCCUCGCUACUCGAUCUGAACUCGAUUCAAGGGGAAGCGAGUUUCGAAACGAGAAAAACCACCAAUGAUCGUUGACCCCCUCGAAGCACGAAGCCCACAAGCUGCAAACAUAUUCGCCUGGACGAGCGACUAACCAUCCCGCGGUGAAAGGGUUUGCCAGUUUGAGUUUACAAUGCGGUGAUUUCAGGGAGGAAUAAAACAUCUGAGGAAAACUAGAGUGUAGCGUUACAAGUGAUUCGAAGAUGAAGUGGCCAUUAGUGCUGACUUGCUUUCUGUUGCCGCAUUCGUGCAUCCUAGGUGCAUCGCAUGCCGGUUGCGAGUUCCCGGCGCAGUGGAACGGCCACUGGUUUCAAUCGGGGAAUCAGGGGUUGGUGACGGUGAACGGGUCCAUGAUGACCAACAAGGGCCGCUGCAUCGAGACCAAAGACGACAAGUUUCUCAUUCAGGACACAGGGGAAAAUUGUUAUCGCUGCAUCGUCAUGCACAUGAAGCAUCCGAACGUCCUUCAAUACAAAGAGACCUGGUGUAUCACGGGAUCGUCGAAACCUACGCUCCCUUCGAUAUGCGGCGAUUUGACCAGCGACGCCAUAUUAAUUUCCCUAUUCCGCACGGGGGCAGCACCGAUGCCCUGCCCGUUCAAGGGACCCCUGGAAUUCACGUACAGCCACGGGGAAGCGGAGUGUAAAUCUCCUUUGUCCGCCGCGGAGACGUGCACCCAAGAAUCGCGAUUACUUUUUCGCUAUCAAGCGUGUGCCAACGUGUUAUCCUCUGAGAGCGUCGACGUGGAGUUGGAGUGUCUAGCCACGUGGAAGGAGAGCAGCACGCACAACCUCGUGGCAAGGUUGCACGCCCCGCGGAAGACCAGCGACGAGGACAGCUACAGAUGCUUCAUCUACGAGCAAACUUCCAACAAUUCGUGGAAUUUGGCGCAGAGCGAGGAUGCCUCUUGCACGGGAUUGAUCAGCGUUAAGGAGGCUGCAAAGACGUUCAAAAUGAAACAGAAAAAUUCAACCGAAAGAUGCACGUAUCCAUCUUGGGUUGUGGACAAUAAAUUAUGGUUAGCCCUGGAUCCGGUAGCAUCUCGCCUCCUGGCAUCGCCUUACAAUCUAACGAUUCUCAAUCGACAGGAGACCCGCCUCGUGUGUCAUUCCGUGGUCCCUAUUAACGAUCGUCAUUAUCAUCCGGAUAGGGAGAACCAGGUGCAGUACGUUGCCAAGGCCACCCUUGAUUGCACCAAUGGCUACGUGUGCCUGAUGUUCCACAGAAGGGACAGCCACAUAAUAGAGAUGCAACUGUCGGAAUGGAGCCAGCAACCCGACGACGUGUGCAACUCGAGUACGUUCAACUCCCACUCGACGCCGUACACGACGUUCAUUACGUCGGACCCGAUCACCAGGCAGUGUCCGAACCUGGGUCGAUACGAGAUCGUGUCCGUGUUACAUUCUUACAAUAGCGUGGAGGACAUAUUGGGGGUGGACGGUGACCAGAGCAUGGCGAAUGCGGCCGAAGUUCAGGAUGUUAGGGUGACGUCGACACCGUAUCCGGGUCGGUGCCGUUAUGGCAGUGUCCGCCGAUUGGAUAUCGGUUGCAAAACACCGGAUCGCAUGGAAUUCGCUACGUCGUGCAGCGACGAAACCCCAUCAGAGUAUUUGUGCCACGGGACAUGGAUCGAGAACGACACGGCGUAUCUGGUGGCGAGCACCGACGUGGGACGAUAUUGUCUCGUUUACAGUGCAUCCGCAGCGGCGACGGGGAGCCGCGAGCUCUCCGUGACGGGUCACCUUGCCUCCUGUCCCAGAGCGCCUCAUCGUCAUCUUGUGUCGUGGCAGGUCAAUCUCACGUCGUACGCUCAAUGCGGCGAUAUCUCGACGGCCACGUCGUGGACCUUCCGGAUUUCCGCCUCCGUUUACAUCCUGGUUGUAUUGGGCACCCUGUUCGGCAGGUAUAUCGCGAGGUGAUAUCACUGAGUGAAGAGACCAGGCCACGAGACGGCCGUGUAGUCAAUCUACACAAACUCGAGUCGUCAGCACAGCAACUAUAAUAAAACAACAACAACAACAACAACAAAAAGAAGUCUCUAUAUAUAUAUAUAAAUAUGAAUAUAAAUAUAAAUAUAAAUAUAUAAAUACAAAAUAAAAAAAAAUAUAUAUAUAUAUAAAUACACAAAGUAUAUAUAUAUAUUAAGCGGAAACGAUUUAACGAAGGAUCCCACAAGUGUGAUGGGAGAAAGUAACCUAAUAAUCAAGCAUAAAUUAGCGUGUAAGUGUUCGUGGGUGCGAGUUGUGCGAAGGAAGAACGAGAGAGAGAGAGAGAGAGAGAGAGAGAGAGAGAGAAUGACACAGAAGAGAAUGCCGUUGAGAGGCUUCAUCCGAAUAAAGAAUAUCGGUCAGAACAUGGCGGAUCAUUGGCUAAAAGGAUGUACAUAGAGACGGUGUACAUGUACAUAAAAUUCACUUAAGGGAGCUUGGUUUUAUCGAAGCAGCUGCAUCUGGAAAUGUUGUCUUCUGCCAAAGGGGUGAGGAAAAAGCGAGCCACGUCGUAUUUAUACGUAUAUAUGUAUAUAUAUGCGUAUUUUUCGUAGUUGGGAUAAUGAGAUCUUGGAUUUUUGUGAAUCUUAUUUUGUAUUUGUUUAUUUAUUUAUUUCUUUUUUUUUUGUUACUUCGUUUCAAUCUUCUCUUCAUUCUCAUUCGGAAUAUUGAAUAUUGACGAAUUAUUUAUGUUUAUUCAUUCGCUCGAAACAAGUGGACGAUACGUGGAUCUUUAAUAAUCGGCGGAUUUUUCUAGCCAGCCAAUCUAAAUUUCCUAAAUUUUCCGAGCAACCACCCCUAUUCGCUCGCAAUUAAACCUUCGCUAAUUAGAAAAACUUCCUCGCAAAACCGGCGUCGCGCGUAUCGGGAAAACCAAUUUAAGCAAAAACAAGGAGAGUAAAAAAAAGAAAGAGAGAGAGAGAAAGAAAGAAAAAUAAAACGACAAAGAGAAACGCGCAACAAUGGAAGAAGGAAAAACUAAUCAAAUCAAAAAAAAAAAAAAAGAGAAAAGAAAAGAAAAGAAAAAAAAGAAAAAACGAAACUAAGGGUGCUGGGGCCAAUAGUGUGUGCAUUUUGAGUGAUGAUCGUAGCCCACGUGUGUGAAUGGGAGCAGACAAAGAACGAAAAAGAAUAUAAAAAAUAAAAAAAAGGGGAGGGGAAAGCGCGAAACGAGCGAAGAAAGGAACAGAGAGGAUCGAGCGAGAGCGAGAGAGAAAGAGAGCGAACGAAAGAGAGAGAGAGAGACUUAUAACACUUAUUCAGAUCCACGACGUGUCCGCGGUGUUUUGGAAACGGUGCGUAUCGUUCUCCAACAAAACUUGUGUUUUGCUCGGAACAGGAAACGUUUCCAACUCUAAUUAUACGUAUUUUAAUUAAAGUUGUGCGCCACUAGAGUGAAAAGAAGGGAAGAAAAAGAGAGAGAGAAGAAUGGUGAAAUUUUUUCGUGCGAAUGUGUGUGUGUACGCAGAAAGUUGAAGGUAAAUGAAAGAAAGAAAGAAGGAAGGAAGGGGAAGAGAGAGAGAGGGAGAGAGAGAAUAAGAGAAAAGGGAGAAGAGGAAUGAAAAUGAUUAUCGUUGUUACUAUAUUGUCAUUACAAUUGCAUUGUACGAGCGUGUGUGUGUGUGUGUGUCUCUCUCUCUUCUUCUGCGUCUUCUUCUGCUUGUUUUUCUUUCCGUUCUGCCAUCCCUUUUGCUCGCGACCCCACCCCCGAUGGAGGCGGUCAUCCAUAUGCGACUGUAGAUCGUAAGGAUGGCCACUGUGACACCUGCGUUUUUCGACGAAAAACAGGUGGAAAGAUGAAUUUCCUUGAGAUUUGAUAUCGGUGAUCUCCUUGUCACCCUUGGUCGACACCCUUGGAGUAAGAUUUUUUUUAGAAAAACCUCGAUAAAUGAUUUAAGAUUCGUUCGAUUUCGGUCGAAAGCAAUGUUUGAGUCACAGAAGAUGAAAUUUUUAUAUUGGCGUAAAGCGAACAACGAUUCAAUAAUUGAAUAUUAAAUUAUUACAAUUUGAUAAUCAAAUUUAUUUUAGAUAUUAAAUUUGAAUGUUAAAUUUGCGGUUCGAUCAACGAAAACAAUAUAAAUUUGUGAAAAGAAGAAUUGUUUUCUUUUUUUUGUGAUUGAGGAAAAAUGGAAAUGAUUUAAAGGGUUGAGUUUAAGGGGUGAUAGGGAUCGCGUGGAAUUAUAAGAAUAUGGUAGAAUGAUCGUUCAAUUCUUUAUUUGCUCUGGAAAUAUUUUCUUGUCAUAAAUUUGAUAAAGAAAAUGCUUGGAAAAAUCAAAGACGUAGAAACUUUCUGAAAAUUCAAAAUGAAUAAAAUAAAAAACUUGAAAAAUUGGUGUAAAAAUCAUAUUAAAAUAAAGAGGUAACGUAAUUAAAAAAAUUGAAAAUUAAAAAGUUA